AUGAAUGCCGCCAUCCAAAGAAGAUUAAUUGGGAAGAUUUUUGCAAGAACAACAACAUGGCUUGUUUCCAGUGCCUCCAGUGCUCCCGCUUCCUGUACUCCCACUGCUCCCAGUUCUUCUACUCCAAGUGCUUCCGCUCCAAGUGGUCCAAUUGCUCCAAGUGCUCCCACUCCAAGUGCUCCCGCUUUAAGUCCGGUCAAAAGAAAAAGAAAAAACAACAUUCCCCAGUACACUAUCUCAAACCCAAGAAGAAGUGGAAGAAAGCAACAACAGGUUCCUAAUCACGAAAUCUCCCAGAAACGCCAGAAAUUGAAUCGAAAACUUAUGGGAAUCUAUAAUCGAAUGCGACAAGAAGAUGAUAUUAUUACGAGGGAUCAAAGGGACUUG